UGGCUCAUUUUGCUCCAAAAGUUCACCUUCGUCUAUCCGUUCGGAAACAUGUCAGGCUACACGUGGGUACCUCGCUCCACCGGACGUUCACUUCCGGAAACGGCUGUUAGCGGAGGUCGCGAUGUCGAUGGAAGCACCAUUUACGUGGGACGAGCUUUUCACGAAGGAGACAUGAUCCCUGCCAAAGUGAUACCCGACAAAGGAGUCGCCUAUGUCUCCUGGAACGGAGAAGAACACGCGAAGCACGAUUACGAGGUACUCUGCAAAGGAGACUUUGUCUGGGAAUUCUGCAGCAACGGCUCGGUUCCAGAGCAUGCAGUGAUCGCUGGUCAAACUUCGGAUGGAGAACCUUUGUACGUCGGACGUGUUCUCCACAAUGGCUCCCAAACCAUCGGCAAGGUCCAAGUAAGUCACGGAUGCCUGUACAUUCCCUUUGACGGCGAAGAAUUGUCCUUCAAGGACUAUGAGGUUCUCGUCCUCCAUUAGCCAUUUCGAGCGAAACUUCGUCCGGUAAAUUCGUUUCCUACCAAUGCUGCCUGUAAAGCUGGGUAAUUAGAGCCCUCUAGAUUUGUACCAGAACGGAGUGAACGCAACACGAACGGCAAAUGAAACAGAAGGACGUCGUGUGGAAUUACACCCGAGGAAAGAUUUUCAUACCGUGGGUUCAAUCCUUCGGAAAAGCUUCACCUGGAGGAUUUCAACUGGUCAUGGUUUUGGCGCUGGAUAAUACACGAAUAAUACGAAUUGAUAGAAUCGAUAACGAACUAGAUAUCAGAUUUCGCGAUCCUUGUUCAAUACACUUUCGUUGUAACAAGAGAUGAUUACGGUUGCGUAACGCGUUUAUUACAUCAUCGAAUACUUUGCCACUCACGAGUUGUUUUGUACAUUCAUAUCAUCCCUUCCAUCUACGAGUCGACGCGACGUAAGAGUUAAAUAAAAAGUCGUAAAGUAUAUGGA